UUUUUUUGAGAUAAAUCAAGGAAUUUCAAUUCAUUUUAUUUUUGUUUUAUUACAUUUUAUUACACUGUGCUUUAUGAAUUUUAAAAAUUGAUAUCAAUAAAUUUUCAGUGACAAAAGAAGAAGGAAAAACACCAGGAAAAGCUUUGCACCUCCCCCUCAAAAAAAGAAACCUCCACCACCCUCCCCAUCAAAAAAAAGGAAUAAUCCCAAACUAAACUUGGAAUUUCCACGAUAAAAAUGAAGAAACCCAGGAUAACCCUGUCCCAAAAAACACCCAACUCUAUUCCCAGAGAAAAAAAAAUCCCCAACCGAGCAUGGUUUUACCCAACCUCUGGAAUUUCCCUUUUUUCCCGGAAUUUUUGGUCCGUGAAACCCUUUUUCCCACUAAACCGCGGUGAUUUGGGAAGCGGGUGGGACUUCCCGGAUGUUUUCCCGAGCUCCAACCCCCUCCAGCCCCUCCGGAAAAUGCCAAUCUCAGCUUCCAGCGACCAUAAACCCAAGGACAAAGGUUGAUCCCAGCCCUAUCCCGGGGGAGCCGCCGGGUCCUUCCCGCUCAGGGACCGCGGGAAUCUCGCGCUCCUGGAGCAGCGAGCCCGGAUUUUCCAUGGAUUCCCGGCUCUGGUGGCUGCUCCCAGUCCUGGCGCUCCAGCGCGGCUCCCACCUGGCUGCAGGCGGAUUCCUCAGCGCUCCCAAAACUCCCGUCCUGGGAAUCAUCGGGGACAGGGUGGUCCUGCCCUGCCGGGUGGGAUCCGCGCCCCUUCCCGAGGAUUUCUCCAUCCGUUGGACAUUCCACGGCCGAUCCCAGCGGAUCCCCGUGAGCAGCUACAGCGGGAGCGAGGAGCCGGGUGAGCAAUAUCGGGGCCGGGCGGAAUUUUUCCACGGGGAAUUCCGGGCCGGGAACGUGUCCCUGCUCCUGAGGAAUGUCCGGAGCUCCGACCAGGGGACCUACGGCUGCGAGAUCUCCUUCCAGGAUGUGUCCCAGGAAGUGUUGGUGGAGCUGGAAGUGGCAGCCAUGGGAGAGGCUCCGUCCGUGAUCCUGCGGGGCCCGGAGAAGCGGGACCUGUCCGUCUCCUGCCGCUCCUCGGGGUGGUUCCCGCGGCCGGAGCUGCGCUGGCUGGACGGACGCGGCCGAGUCCGGCGAGAGCCGAUGACCACGACGGCCACGGUGACGCCCGAGGGCCUCUUCAGCGUCGAGUCCUCGGUGCGGAUCCCGCCGGGCUCCGACCGGGAGCUCUGCUGCCGGGUGCUGAACCGCCGGCUCGGCGCCGCGCGCCGCUCGCGCAUCCGCGUCCACGAGACGUUCUUCCCCUCCAUCUCCCGGUGGCUGCAGAUUUUCCUGGCGGUUUUGUUCCUGAACUUGGCCCUGAUUUCCAUCAUUUCCUGCGUGCUCCAGCGGAGCCACAAGAGAACCGUGAUUGCAGAAAAGGCAAAGCUGGAAAUGGAGGAAGAGAAAAAGAAACUUAAAGCAGUGCUGGAUGGAGAAAAAGCCAAGAAACGAGCAGCGAAAAUGGAAUUCAAGAAACACUUCGGUCAGCUGAAAUCUGAGCUGGAUUUCUGGGAAGCGCGGAGCCACGCGGUUCCCGUGGCGCUGGAUGCCGAGGCGCGGCCCCUGGAUCUCGGGGACGCGCAGGAGCCGCUCCCGGUGCCGGCGCUGGUGGCUCGGGACGCGCUGGGAGCCGGGCAGCGCUACUGGGAGGUGGAGCUGGGCCGGGAGCGGCGCUGGGCGCUGGGGGUUCUGCAUUCCCGGGAUCCCCGGGAUCCCCGGGAUGAGCUCUGGGCUCUGCGCGCAUCCCAAGGACGGCUCUUCUCCAGCGGCGGCCGCGCCCUCGGGGCGCAGCGCCGGCCCCUCUCCGCGCUCGGGGUGUUCCUGGACACGGCAAAAGCGCGGCUGGAAUUUUAUGAUGUGGAACAGAAGGAUCUGGUGGCCGGGAUCCCGCUGGGGGAUCCCACAGGAAAAUUCUUCCCGUUUGUAUCGCAAGGGGAAGAGGGGAUGCUGCGGAUCCGCCCGGUCCCCGUCCCGGUGCCGCUUUAAAUCCCCGGCGAAGA